AUGUAUGGUGAUCGGAAAUACAUCACAAUGCUUGUAGCAUAUGCUCGUCACGUUGAUCUAGGACAACAUUGCUCCUUGCAUGCCCCUCCUUCAAAGUUCAAAUCUGGAUCUCUGUUGCCAGUGGACGUUAGCUCUACCGAAUCACGUAAAUCUCUUCGGCAUGAUUCAGAAAUUUCUACAUUCGGAUACCAAUUACUUCAACGCAUGGAACUCAAAGGGAAUUUGAAACCAAAGACAAUUUCUAGUAAUUCAAUCCACCAAGAAUUGAAAAAAAGUUUAAGUGUGAGUUUUCAAUAUUGUUUUGUUGAGAAUCAAUUAAUGGCUCCUGGCAAUACAUUGCUUACGUUGUUUCUUAUGAUCAUGAUAACUGUAUUUUUAGCCAAAGCCCAAGGCCAAGUCAAAGGUCUUUGGCCAUCAUAUUUCCCAGAUGAUACUGUUCCUCCCUAUCAUCAACAACCUGGAUGCACAACCAUUACUCCCCUACCAAAAGCCAACAUCACGGAAGGAUUAUUAAAUUCAAUAUUACCUGAUAUGAACACGUAUUGGCCAGAUCUUCGGUCAGACCCAGACCUCACACAACAGCAAGGAAAUGUGAACCUUUGGCAAUAUCAAUGGGAGAGACAUGGAAUGUGUUAUAUUUAUCCUGACAUCCCUUUGAUAUAUUUUCGAGCCGCAAUGAAUAUUAUAAAGAAAUUCAAUUUGCUUCAAAUUCUCCAAACAGGAGGAAUUGAUCAUGAUAAUCAAAGAUAUAAUGGAUCUCUUAUUUCAAGGGUUCUUACUGCUGGUAUUGGAGCACCACCCCAAAUAGUUUGCAAUAGAGAUGCUCAACGAAAUUUACAAUUGAGUGCAAUUCACAUAUGUAUCACCAGGCAUGGUCAUGUUCUACCAUGUCUAUAUGCUUUUACCAAUUGCCCAAAUGGUGAAGAGAUAAGGUUCCCUACUCCUUAA